UCUCUCUCUCUCUGUCUCUCUCUCUCUCUCUCUCUCACAUAUGUAAAGAUGCUGUCUCUCUCUCACACAUGAAAGGAUGCUGUAGCUCGUGUCUGCCUUAGUCAUGAUGUGAAACUCUCUCGCUCCUCUUCAGUAGCCUAACAGGUGUAGCUUAUUUAGCAAUGGAACUGCCUUCAUGCUCACAUUCUCUGGAGUAAGGGCCGUGUGUCCAGGGGAAUAUGGGCACCCAUCAGUCCCACACACCACCCGUGUUUGAGGAGGGGGAAGACGUUAAUUUUGACCACUUUCAGAUUCUCAGGGCUAUCGGAAAGGGGAGCUUUGGAAAGGUGUGUAUUGUGCAGAAGCGAGACACUAAGAAAAUGUACGCAAUGAAAUACAUGAAUAAGCACAAGUGUAUUGAGAGAGACGAAGUCCGAAAUGUGUUCCGAGAGCUGCAGAUCAUGCAGGGGCUUGAGCACCCCUUCCUCGUCAACCUGUGGUAUUCAUUUCAGGAUGAAGAGGACAUGUUUAUGGUGGUGGAUCUCUUGUUAGGGGGAGACCUUCGCUACCACCUGCAUCAGAACGUUCAUUUUAAAGAGGAAACAGUGAAGCUGUAUAUCUGUGAGCUUGCUCUAGCUCUUGAUUACUUACAAUCAUGCCACAUCAUACACCGAGACAUAAAACCAGAUAAUAUCCUGCUGGAUGAGCAUGGUCAUGUCCACAUUACAGACUUCAACGUCGCUACAGUACUAAAGGACUCUGAGAAAGCCACAUCUAUGGCAGGAACUAAACCAUACAUGGCCCCAGAGAUGUUCCAGUCCUUUGUGGAUGGUGGUCCGGGUUAUUCCUACCCUGUAGAUUGGUGGGCCCUGGGCAUCACAGCAUAUGAGAUUUUACGAGGAUGGCGGCCGUAUGACAUCCACUCCAGCACAGCAGUGGAUGAUGUCCUCAACAUAUUCCGUGGUGACCGCGUGCGGUACUCGUCCACCUGGUCCAAGGGCAUGGUUGCUCUGCUCCGCAGGUUGCUCACUAAAGACCCAGAGAGUCGUCUGUCAUCUAUUUCGGACACCCAGAAUCUUCCAUACCUGGCGGAUGUGAACUGGGACGCCGUGUUGGAGAAAGCAGUUCCACCAGGUUUCACUCCCAAUAAAGGACGUCUGAACUGUGACCCCACUUUCGAGCUGGAGGAGAUGAUUCUAGAGUCGAAACCUCUGCAUAAGAAGAAGAAGCGACUGGCCAAGAGUAAAUCCAAAGAUGCCAACAAAACCUCCAGCCCACUGCCCCCCCACCUGCAGCAGUGUCUAGACACCGUUACACAAGAGUUCAUCAUUUUCAACAGAGAAAAGUUAAAGAAGCAGGGUGACAGUGUGAAUAAAACAUCUUCACUGUCAGCACCAGACAAACUGCAUGACGGACACAACGACAACAACAACAACAACAGCAGGAUCUCUCAGAGAAAUGGUGUGUGCUACAGCUAAUACUGACCAACUACUAAAACUGACCAGCGGCUAAUGCUGACCAACAGCUAAAACUAACCAAUGAUGGUCAAACUACCCUUGCUCUUCUGCCCUCCUGCUUUUCUUUUUUGGAGCUUCAUGACUAAAUAAUGGGUCCAGACACACGCUGAAAUGUGGAAAAGUAGGACAGUGUUCUGACCUCCUUCUGACCACAAUACUGUCCUCAAGUCCUCAAAACACAUACACAAAGCAUGGAGUAGACACAGCACAAAA